AUGUGGCGACUGGUGAGGAGGUUAUUCGUGGUGUAUGUGAUGGCCUUCAGUUGCUCGACUGAUGGAUGUGCCAUAGUACUGAGGCCCAUGGUAGCACUAUCGACUGCACAGAAGAAGGAUUAUUUCGCUCUGUCGCACUGCAUCUGGUGUGCUCGAACAAUCUGUGGAAGACUUGGCUCAAGACAUAAAAGCCAGGCCGGACGACGCUAA